AUGCACCUCAACCGCACGAUCCGCGUGAUGCAGAUGCUGAGCGACGAGAAGACGCGUCACCCGAACAUUAUUCGCCUUCACCAGACAUGCCACUCGCCGACGCACAUCAUCUUUCGACUGGAGUACGGGGGCCCAGAGGACAUGUACCGCCGCCUGCACCACCGCCAAGCACUUCAGCCGGAGAAGCAGCGACCAUUGAGCCUCGACAGGGUCGUGAAGAUCGCCUCGCAGUGCGACGAGGCAGUGUGGCACCUCCACGCAGUGGAGACAGCGUGUACAGGCAUGGUUACGGACGAAGAACGACAUGGAGGCGAUCAACGCUACUAUCUCAAUAAGGACAGAUACGACAAGGUACCCGAGGCGUCAGUGAGCUCGUGA